AUGCUCGAACCCUGGCUCACUCAAAUCGACGCUCACGAAAAAUCGCUCGCUGAUGCAGCGGAUAGGGGUAGGCAAAGACAACCACCCGACGAUGCAGCUGGCGGACAGAAUAGGGGUUCUCCAAACGCACGGAGUAGGAGCCGUGGAAGGUCCCGACCCCGGUCACGGUCACAGAGCAGACAUGGCCGACGUCGCCAUGACCGACGCCGCAGACAUCGACGACGAUCCACCUCUUCAAGUGACUCCGACUCCGAGUCGGACUCCUCUGCUGAUGAGGCUGAAGGACACGCAAAAUGGCGCAAGCUUGAUCCGUCCCUCUUUGACUGGGAGGUCAACAGAACUAUCCAGAAUGCAGUCCUCUCACCCGCACAUUUGGCAGUCAAAAGGCGAUACGAGAACUUCUCCGCGGACCCUAAAGAGUGUCUCCGCCUCAUCAAGAACUCUCACCCCCCUCCGUUCACAGACAACGGCCUCAGAGCCAUCGUCUACGGGAGUGUCGUUAACUUCGAUGAAGUCCACUCCUACUUCAACAGUCCCAGUGUCCCAACAACUGUCACACACUCCCUCGGGAACGGACUCAUGUUCCAAACGGCCGAGACCUCUUAUGCCCACAAAGUCGUCAACCGUGACAACUGGAAGUUUGUCUGGGACAAAUAUGAGGAAAUCCUCAACCACAUCUUCAAUGGACGGCAAGCCGAGCUCAGAAGAUACUACAAGUUCAUCAACAACUUGUUCCAGCGUCCCCACCCCAGCAUGGACCCACAAGUCAUCGUCUUUGAGAAAGCCUGCCGCGCUCAUAUCGCCUCGUCCCGUGGAACAAUGCUCUUCAACGACAUCCACGAGUUCAUCGAGCUCAAGGAGUCUUAUCUUGAGGUUACUGGCCUUGCCUAUGUGGCUCCACCCGGUGAGGCCGGCACUAGCGGAAGUAGCAGAGAAGGUGGGCGACCAAAGAAACGACGAAGGGAGAUUUGUCGGAACUGGAACGGUGGUCGGUGCUCAGCUGACGACUGUCGCUACCGACAUGUAUGCUCCAACUGUAAAUCCAACGAUCACUCCAGCAAGUCUUGCCCCAGCCGAAACACCGGGAAGUCUGUCUGA